AUGUCACCAGCGUCUCUACCUAGCUUUGAUUCAGAACAAAAGACCUACGAGUUUAUUGCAGCAGGGACCGUUAGCAUGAUCUACGCGCUGAGUGACGACUGUGUUCUUAAGCGGCGCCCCAGAUCAAACGACAGAUUCGCCUUGUCCGCCCACAAUAUCGAGAAAUCGGCGUAUAAGAGACUGGGCAGGGGGAUUGCCUACGUGAAAUACUCAGAAGCCCACACAAACGGGUUGACUUGCAUACUCGGCUCCAAUGGGCAUUGGAAACCGCAGAGGGGCUUCGCUACAUACAUGAACAGAAUAUCAUCCAUGCCGAUGUUGGAUGCCAUAACCUUCUUAUCGACCGAUCAGGUCAUAUCAAGUUCAUUGACUUUGCUGGCUCUGGGCCUUGACGGAAAUGAGGCCUUAGUGUGCUACGAAUGGUGCAGUUAUCGACCGGGCUCUACACCCGAUAUCAAGACGGAUAUCUUUGCAUUUGGCUCGACCUUGUUCGAGAUCGAGUCGGGCAACAGUCCUUUCCAUGAAUUACAGGGAGUCUUGGAACCGUGUGAACUACUGCGGAGGGCGGAGCAGCUUUUCGCCGCAAAAAGAUUCCCGGACGUGGAGAUGUUGCAGCUCAAGCAUGUAAUUACACGUUGUUGGAACGGCGAUUAUACCUCGAUGGCGGAUGUGGUAGAUGAUACAGCCGCCUGUUGCCAAAAGGCCGCGCCCCGUAUGGCAUCACCGUACACCUGCUUCCAUCACAAGGAGGUAUAA